GUACCCAGACGGUUCUAACUGGAAUGUUCAAAGUGGGAUUGAAAUCAUUCCGAGCAACAUUCAAAAGCGGGAUUAGCUCCUGUGCAGCACAAAUACAACAGCAGCAUUCCGUUCCUUUUAACCCAAGCUUUCAGCUUUUAAUUUCUCCAAAAUAGUUCUCACACGUCACAACAUCAGAAUUGACUGAACACAGGUAGAGAGGUAAAAAAAAACCUCUUCACUUCCCACGUAACUUCCUUCCUUACAGCAGCUAAAACCCAUGGCAUUCCGCAGUUGCCGCCGGUUUCGAGCUGAAAUAUAAAUUAUUCCCCGGGCGGGACACCUGCACUGAUGUCUGAAACCCUCUCAAGGACAACACUCUUCCUGCUUCAGGUCUGGAGCUGAAACAGUUUUCGGAACGUUCGGAAACUCUGAAAGAUGCAGCAGCUGCUGAAACUGCUUUUCAUUUUGCAAACAGCAGUUCGAGGUGAACCAUUCAUUGGAGAGGUGACUCAGCCGCGUCUGCUCAGUGUCUUGACAGGAGAAUCAGUCACAAUUAACUGUACAUGGAUUUAUAAUGGAACUAAUCAUGAAUGGAUCCAUGCUAAUUUCCAGAGGGAGCCACUACUGGGAAAUAAGAACUCCCGCAUUAAGACGCUGACCUGUGUUCGUGAUGUUACUCUGGGUAGUUUCAGACGCUGUUUCACAUCACUGGAGAUUGAAAACGUUUCUUUUGAUCAUUCUCAGUACAAUUAUACCUGCAUGGUGAAGCUACCGAAAGUCUACCCUCCAUUAGAGAGAAGAGGACAAGGAACAAGGUUGCAGAUUUACGAAAUGCCUGAAAUUUCCAUUAUUGGUGGUAGUUUGGUUGCUGGACAAAAGUCUGUUCUGACCUGCUCUGCCCAGGGGUUGUACUCUGAGAACAUCUCCUUUACCUGGACCUGUAAUAGAAUAAACAUGAUGACAAACAUCCCUGUCCUAACCUCGAAAGGAAUGGUUAAUGGUAAACCUAAUGCUAUUGGCAAAUUUGAGAUCAUCCCUCAAGUGACUGACCAUGGAACUGUCUGUACAUGUCAGAUAAAUCAUGUUACUUUCAAACAGCCAUUAACAGAACGGAUCAAACUAGAUGUUAAGUAUGGGCCACUGGAACCAACAAUAAUGUACAAGUUGAAAGACAGUGACCCUUACCAUCUAAAGGCCAAUAACAGUGUAACUGUCCCCAGUAACUCACCUGUGGAACUGAGAUGCUCUGUGGAUAGUAAUCCAGUCGCCACUGUAAUCUGGCUGAAGAAUGGAGAAAUUUUAACUCCUAUGGUAGAAAACGUAAUUCGAUUAAACAGUUCGAUAUUAAUGAUACCACACUUCCAGUCUAAAGAUUCAGGAGUCUAUUGGUGUGUAGCAAAUAAUAGCUACGGCUGGAGAAAUGGCAGUGUUUCGUUGAUGGCUUUUCAGAACGAUCAUUUGUUGCUUUACAUUCUAUCUUCACUCGGUGUUAUUGGAUUACUCGGUAUAAUAGCAAUAUACGUUUGUCUGAUCUGGAAGAGACAAUUGAAAGGUCCAGUUAAUGUACCCAUUGAACCAAGUCCAGAAAUCAUGAUCAUGAAUGAAAAAUACAACACUGAAUCAGAUACAAUAUAUGCCUUUGUCAGGAGAAAUAAUCUACCAAGCAAUCCAAAACAUGCAACAGCAGAUCCUGUCAAUGAAUACAGCAAUCUCGAAGAGGAGGAAGAAGUGUCCUAUGCAGAUAUUGUCAUUCAUAAUCCAAGACGACAAUGCUGUGACCAACAGCCCAAGCAAGUCAGUAAUGUAACAGAGAAAAAUGCCAGGAAAGACUUCAAAUACAUGCAUGGUUCAUCUCCCCUCAAACAUAUUGAUGAUACCUCAGAAUAUUCAGUCGUGCGAAUUUCACACCAGGACUUGAGAACUGUUUGACUGUGCAGCAGAGAUUAGCUGUUUGAUAUAUUGUCAAAUUGCUAACAAACCACUCGCCUGUAUCCACAGGAAAGACUUGUUAAAGUGAAGGUGCUUUAUUCAUGAAACAAACAUCUGCAAACUGAAGGAUUGUGACUAAGUGAACAAGAACGUGAAUAAGGAAGCACAAGUUACUUCACAAAGUUUACUGCAUUCUGUCAGGGUUUUACCAUUCACUUUUUUUUCUUUAAGAUGUUGGAAAUCCAUCAAGGGCCCAGCAUUUUUGAACAUUCCCAGGCCCCACCUGCAUAAUCCAAAAUUGUCAUUCCUUCUCCUGCAGCAAGAAGAAUCAUGGCAGCUAUUAGUACCUGCAGCUCUCUGGGGACCUGACCAUUUCUUAUGUAUGGACUAAGCUUUGAGUUUGUAUUUCAUUUUGAAAGCCCCUAAUUCAGCCUUUCAAAAGUUUGGAGAUUCAACCGUACAAAACACCAGAGCCAACUGGAAUCUGAUCUCACUCAUCGUCCAUGGAUUUCACUGUUGGAGACACUGGACAACAGUGAGAAACCAGAACCUUAGCUGUUUUUACUGCUGCAUUCAUAAUGACCAAGGAACAAGAAAACGAAUGCAAUGUUGAAUUGACUGAGUUUAGCUUGGUCAUCAUACACCAAGGGUCAAAACAUGAAUGGUUCCUCUGGUUGAGAAUCACAGUGCACAGUCUAUGUGUCACUAGGCCAUGAAUAUACUAAUGGGAAAACUUAACCUAUCUAAGCAGCAGUAUCAUUGUAAGUACAUAGGCAAAAAAAAAUCUACAUUGCAAGGCUUCAAAGCUGCAGGUUGGUAAACCUGUUCACGAAUUCUACUCAUAAAUGCAACAAUGUAUAUGUCAUGAAAACGUUUGUACUAAGUAUUUUGCAUGACUUCCAGUAACCAGGAAUACAUCGUAUGAAAAUAGCAACAACUUACAUUUGUCUCUCUUAUUUUCACUAAUGCAGAGUAGAUUUUGUCAUGCUACCACAAUCUGACACAGUAAAGCCAUGUCUUUGUAAAUUGAAGUGUUUAAGUGUCAAAGUAGCUCUUUUGCACAUUUGCAAAAUCUAAGGGACAGAUAAUAUCAUACAAAUGUGACAUGUGACAUGCAGUAUUUCAAAAAACAAAUAAUUGCACUGAAGAUAUUGUAAAUGGUUAAGAAUGCUCAAGUAGGGUAGAAUUAACUUAGCUGAUAUCACACAGUGUUGUUCACUGCAACUUGAAAAUAUUUAUAAAAUUUUCUGAGAAUUUUUUGGAAGUGUGUGGGCCUUUUUUUUUAAUGAACAUGAACCUAUGGAAUCCAAUCUUAAUGCUUACAUCAACCAUUGACAUUUUGUGAUCAACUGGAGAGAUUUUCUGAAGAUUGCAGGGUCUGGGAAUAUUGGAGGAUUUUAGAGCAGGCUGCUGGGUUUUAGGAGUACUGCCAAUAGUUUCUGUCACAUGAAAGCCUGGGUAAGCUGUUCACAAGAUUGUGGGCUUUGAGUUGGGUCCUUCAACUUGGGGAACACGUAUUUGUAAAGGUAUGUUUGGAAGCAUUGAUGUAACAAUUAUGGAGGAAUGGGUCAGAAGAGUUUGAGAUCUAAACUGUAUUGAGUUGCUUUUGAACAAUGAGGCAACCUUGAUGUGUUUGUGCAUGUUGGUUGUCUAACCUAUCUGUGACUGAUUUUGGAUUGUUAAGUCACCCGUCUCAUAAUUUUUCACUUAAUUGACCAGCUCCUACCUUCACACUGUAAGUGCAUUCUAAAUGCUUUUACUGUAACCUCUUUAUUAAAUAUGAUUCUCCUUUUAAAAUAUUGAAAAGUUAAAUCUGUUGUGUUGGUUGAAACUUUACAAGGUAAAGUAUUAACUCCAAAAUGAUUUUUCUCAAUUUUAGAGGGAAUGUUUUAACUAAAGUUGGAGCUAAAAUAAUGAGGGCAAGGAGGAUAUGGGCAGCUGCCAAACAGGGAAUUAUACAAAAAA